AGCCUUCUUCCAUUGUGCCCCAGAAUCGCAAAUGAUCUACCAAUGUAAGUGAUUGUCAAUUUUUUCUUCAGCUUCAAUCAUCACAGGAAAAAAAUUUAUGUUUAGUGCCAUGAAAACUGCUGCAUUAGGAUUAGUACAACCGACACAAGCUCCAUGUGCGUCGUGAAAGAGCACAAGUUCUUCAACACGCAAUCUAAGAUCAACCAUACCUCCCGGGGGUUGAUGUCCUGCAGCUCUGUAUUCAGAGUUGUAUCUUCAAAUCAUACAUCUUAGUUACCCAGCAAAAACAGCCCGACAAAUAAACAAGCCAUGACGACCGAAUCGUUUCGCAAGGACAUUUCGCGGCAGCUCUCUGAGCUGGUCGAGAAGGGGAAUGAGGAUGACAAGGCGUUCAUCGCUUUUGCCAGCUCCCUCUCUUCCGCCGACCGGAAGUACGUCCACCGCAUUGCCGAGGGCUUCGGCCUGUUCACGCUCUCCGAGGGGUCCGGCGCCGACAGACACAUUCGCGUCUACGUGUCCGACCCCACCGGCGGGAUGCAGGAGGCGAAGGGUCGGGGCAAGCGCGGCAAGAAGGCGCCCGGCGAGGUGCGGCUGAAGGGCCCGCAGGAGCACGCGCUGCUAGACUGCGCGAGACUCGCGGUGGCGUUGGACCGACCGGUGCCGAAGGCCAAUGUGGUGUCCACGGUGAACAAGAAUCGGAGUAAAAUGCUAUCGAACGGCGUGAAUCCCGAUGAUUUACUCCAUAUCCCGAUGGACCUGGACGCGGUGAACGCCGCCUGCGAGAUUCACAACCUCGGGGAGCGCCGGAAGGAACUUCCCGCGUGGGAGCAGCGCCAGGAAGUGCUCGAAGCGGUCCAGAUGUCGCAGGUCACCUUGAUCUCCGGCGAGACCGGGUGCGGAAAGUCGACGCAAGUGCCGCAGUUUCUCCUUGACGGCAAUGAGUCCGCACACAUUCUCGUCGCGCAGCCGCGCCGCAUCGCGGCGAUCUCGCUGGCGAAGCGCGUCCAGGACGAGCGGGGCGGGCAGAGCAAGAACGACGUCGGGUACCACGUUCCCCUGGAGAAGCGCGCGCGGCAACAGACCCGACUGACUUUCUGCACCACCGCGAUGCUGCGCCGCCGGCUGUUCACGGAUCCGGAACUGCGCGGCAUCACCCACAUUGUGUUCGACGAGAUCCACGAGCGGGACAAACUCGCCGACUUCGCGUUGAUUUUCAUCCGCGACUUGGUGCAGCGAAGGCCCGACAUGCGGCUGGUGCUGAUGUCCGCGACCUUGCAACUGGAAACGUUCGAAAACUAUUUUGAGGGCAUCGUGCAGAAGGUCCACAUCCCGGGCCGCACCUUUCCGGUCCGGGAGCUGUACCUGGACCAAAUCGUCCCGACGCUGUGGAAGGUCCCCGGGUUCCGCAAGUGGCUCGGCCCGGGCAUCCUGUCCGCGGGCAUCGAAAUGGAAGACGAAAAGGAGUGGAAAAGGACGGUGUUUCAGCGCGAGGGCCGCGGGGGCGACGGCUACUGGGGCUUGGCGGACCACAUUCGGCCGUUGAUCAAGCAGGACAAAUUUUCCAAAAACAAGCUCUCCGACGGUUUGGCGAAGAUGGACGUGUUGCAGCAGUCCAGCUUGGAUUUUGACUUCCCGAUCAUCGAAGCGCUCAUCAUGUGGAUCGACAAGAACUACAAGGACGUGUUGAAAACCCAAUUGGAAGAGAAAAAAGACGACCCGGCGGAGCAGGAAAAGUUGAAAGCGAAGCCACUCGGAUCCAUCCUCGUUUUUCUCACCGGUUGGAACGACAUUGACAAGUGCCAAAGGAUUCUGGAAUCGGAUUUGGACAAGGAGAAGUUCACCAUUUUGCCCCUCCACGGUUCCGUGUCCAUGGAGCAGCAGCAGGAGUGCUUCAAGCCGAUCGAAACCCCCGGGGUGAGGAAAAUCGUUUUGACGACCAACAUCGCGGAAGCAUCGAUCACCGUGCCGGACGUGGAAUUCGUGAUUGAUUGCGGACGGGCGAAGGAAACGAGCUACGAUCCGUAUUUGAAGGUGGCCACCCUGACCACGUCCUGGAUCUCGCAAGCAUCCGUUUCGCAACGAGCGGGUCGGGCGGGACGAACGCAGAACGGCCUCUGCUUUCACUUGUUUUCGAAAAAAAGACGCGAUGAAGGUAUGUUUUUUGUUUGAGACAGUUUUGCAGACCCCUGUGUGGUGGAAACACUUGCAUCACUUGCUUAGACAUCAAGAUCUGAUAUUUCACAUCGGGCAAUUUGUUUUAGAAAAAAGUAUGUAAGUACUAUCACGUAAGUACUGGAGGUGUCAACAAGUGAUACCUAACAAAAAAAACUAUGAAAAUAAAAAUACAGGUAUGGACGCUUUCACCGAGCCGGAGCUGCUCCGGUCCCCGCUCGAGGAGACGUGUUUGGCGGCAAAGAUGCUCUUAUUAGAGACCGAGCAGGAGGACACCAGUAUUCAGACCUUUCUAGGGAAGGCCCCCACCCCGCCCGAGCAACUGGGCGUCAACAACGCGGUGGACCUGCUGAAGUCCAUCGGCGCUCUGGACCACGGAACCGAGAUGCUGACGCCGCUCGGUAAGGCCCUCUGUAACAGUUCCCUGCCGCCGACACUGGCAAAGACCGUGAUGUGGAGCGCGCUUUUCGGUGUGCUCGACGACGUGCUGAAGGUCGUGGGGUCCACGGCCUUCUGCCGCGAUCCAUUUCUUACCCUGGGCAAGAAACUGACGGAAAAAACAUCGCAAUCGCGCAACCCGUAUGAAUUGCAAAAAUAUCGUACUCGUAUAAAUGCAUUACAAAUUUCCUCAGCAUGAGAAAUAAAAUUUGUAAUGCGGAUCGACCUUAAGAAAAAGAUUUGUAAUGCAUGAUUGCAAUACAACGAGUGCGAUACUUUUGCACAGGAUAACCCGGUCACGGGGGAACUGGAAACGGAAAUGACCACGUUGGGAGACGCCUCUGCCUCCUUAUCAUAUGUAAAAGUGUCUGGGUCUGGAAGGUUGCAAUUUGUGAUGCUGUCUUUGGAAGGUAAAAAAAAUCUGUAUUGCAUGACCAGCAAGAGGAGUUCAGUUUGUGCUGCGCGGAGUGCGCGUUUCUCAUGCGGAAUACGCAUCAGAAGGCCCUUUAAAAAUCUGUGAUGCGCGGCCAGGCAUUACAGGCAUCAUGGGUUAUGCAAAAUAUGCAUGACAAACCUGGUAAUCUUCCAGACCCAGACAUUUUUGCAUUUGAUACUCCUCGGGCACGCACAAAACCAACCUGGCGGCGCCGUACGUUUCCGACCACAUCGCGCUGCUCCGGGCGCUGGACCAGUCGAAACAGGGGACGCGGUUGGACUUCUUACGCGAUAACGGGCUCAACGCAAAAACCGUGCGACAGAUGGCGGACCAGUCACAGAAACUGCGAGCGGACUUGCCGGAUCAAGGUACUUUUUGAAGAUCAUUGCAAUAUAUUUCUAGUUCCAGAUCCAGACUUAAAUUUGUGCAGUAGAGAAACGGCUGAAGCUGUUUUAUUCAACAAGAGCGCACUUUCAGUUAGCUCAUGGUCAGGACAACUCGACAUAUUGUCCUUGUCCAUUCGUUCCACACGACGACAAUGCCAAAGCCAACACAUACCAAUAAUAGCCGCCUCAGCGGGGGUAGUGAGGUCAUGGCGGUUUUUUUGUCUUCGCUCCAAAAAACGACGCGACUUCCCUUCCCACUAUGCCGCCGUGAGUAAUGUUAUGCACGACGGCACGGCGGUCGCUAAAAAUCUCGAUCCAGAGGUGGCCUCCAUUUGGUUUCGACAUGAAAAACCUUCCCCGCAUGCUAUGGCCCCGCCAGGGCCCCCGCCAGGGUUGGCCCCUUGGGAGCCCCAAAUCGGGCCCAUAGCGUGCGGAUUGGCUUUUUGCUUCUGGCGGACUUUGUUUUUUUUGUUUUUUUUAUUAAAAUGCCGCAUCUUCUGGCCUUCAGUCCGCCUCUGAAAUGGCGGAUUUUGGUGGCGUCUUUUGCGGGGCCCGAAUGUAAGCCAAAAUGGGGCCCAUACCAUGCGGAUUUGCUGUUUUUUCGGGUUGUUGCUUUUCGGGCGCCCCUUUCUGGGCGCCCCAAACCGCCAGAAACUAAGGCGGUGGGCGCCUCAGAAGGGCGCCCCUUUUGCCGGCUCCCCUGCGUCGUUUUAUCAAGCGGGAGUCGAUAGUUUUCGACCUGGCUUGUUUGAUAUCAAAGCCCCGGCCGCUUGAUAAAUGAAAAUUUUUUAUAUGCAAAAACACCUCCGGCCGCUUGAAACCUGCCGGUCGUUUUGCGUGAUGCAUGUCAAAAAAACCACUAGGGUAGAACGUUCGUGACCUCACUACAUAUAAUUGGUGAAAUGAAAAAACGUAUCAGGUCUGGGCGAUUCCGACGGUUUUGCGUCCCGUAACUGCGGGCAGGAUCACUUGAUUCUGUCCGUCCUGACUGCCGGGAUUUACCCGAACGUGGCCGUGAAACGGUGCGGGAAAAACACGCGGGAGAUGGAGGUGAAGGGCGGCAAGCUCGGCGCCAGCGCGCACAUGUCCACCUGCUACGGCACGUCCCGGGGCUUGGGAGACGUGAUUGCGAACGACGAGUGGUGCAUUUUCGAGGAGCUGCUGCAGGUCGAGUCGAGCUACAGCAUCAAACAGAUGAGCUUGGUUCACCCGCUGAUUUUGUGUUUGAUCGCCGGGGAAGAAAGACUCGAAAACAACGAGCUGGCCCUCCACGACGGGUGGAUCAAGUUCACCAUGCAGGGAAACCACGCGACCUCCAUCUGUCAAAUCCGCCGGGCGCUGAAGUUCGUGUUCGCGAAAUUUUGCGAAAAUCCGCACAACCCGCCCUCCCCGCAGGAGACGCAAUUUUUGCAGAAGCUGUUCUACUUGCUGCAGACCUUUUUCGAAGAGAUUAACCACACGAUGGGGACCAAGGGGGGAAAAGCCACCGGGAAGAAGGGUUUGGAAGCGAAGGGCAAACAGCGGCAAAACUUCGAGAAUUACGACGACCAGGGAGGCGCUGGGGGUUCGAACGAACCGGAAGUUGGUUCCAACGCCUGGAUCCAGAUGCAGAACCAGUCAAACAAAAGGCAAAAUAACCAGGAUGACAACCAGUGGACUUACGAUUUGGACACGCGAAAGGCCAUCAGGAUCAACCAGGCCCCGCGGGAAGAGUACAACCCGGCGGCCGGCCGGGCGGCGCCCUCGAAUUACAACAGCAACACGGGAAGGUACGACCGAAACAACAAUUACGGAAAUAACUAUAACAACAAUUACGGCGGGAGCACGAGCAGUAAAGCCGCGGGGCAUAAUCAGUAUGGACGGGAUAACGACUGGGGCGGAGGCGGCGGGAAGAACAGAAAUAAGGGCGGAGGCAAGAACAACUGGGGAAAUAAUGGCGGGGGCUACAGCAACAGCUCCAGAGGCGGCCCCUACGACCACAAUCCAAACCACCCGAGACAGUGGGGCGGUGGCGGCAGAAGAUACUAAAAGGUUUGAACAUGAAGUUCGUUGUAUCUUCUUCCACCGAGGAGUACACAGCCCUCUGGCAACUUACAGUUGUGGAAAUAAUGGUUUCACUCGAACGAUAGUACCACAAAAUUUCUCAGAUGUAGAUGUUAAGUUUUUGAACGUGAAAGGAGCAGAAAGAUAG